UUCCGCUGGGCUGCCCGUCCGGCGCCUGACGCGCUCGGGGAACGUCUGCCCAUCAAACCAAGCCGAUUCCGGGCAAGCGGCCCUCGCAGUCCCCGAGGUGGAAACAGCCUCGCUCCUUCCCGCAGAGCCGCCUCGGAGCUCCGAGCGAUCCGCCAGCUACUUCCGGAUUCAGGCGCCGGGGUGGGCGGCAAAGUCUCCGGGGCCUUGCGAAGAGGCCCGGCAGUCUGUUUACAACAUGGCAGCGGCCAGGCGGGCUCAGGUGUUGCGGCUCUAUCGUGCCCUGUUGCGGGAGAGCCAGGGCUUCGCUGCUUACGGGUACAGGACAUAUGCCAUAAGAAGAAUAAGAGAUGCCUUUAGAGAAAACAAACACAUCAGGGAUUCAGCAGAAAUAGAAACUCUAGUGAGCAAAGCAAAAACUAAUCUAGAAAUUAUUCGCCGACAGGUAACCAUUGGCCAACUCUAUUCUGCGGAGAAGCUCAUUAUUGAGUGUCCCCAAAAAGUCUGAUACUAGAUGAAAUUUUUGCCUAGAGCAAUGGUGGACCAGCUUCAGUAUUCAGCAACAGUGCGCACACAGAUUUUUACUUGAACAGUUUUGUUUGAGUUGUCUUAUUUCUCUCCUUGUAAAAUAUAAUUAAAACUCCAUGCUGUAUUCACCUCUAUGCCAGAAUGUCAUUGUACAUGUGCUCUGUAUUUGUCACUGAGGUGAUGAACAUGUUCUGUUACAGCUUAGUGACACUGUUUGCUAGUAGAAUGAUUUGUUUGCUUGACAAUUAAAUUCCAUAGGCUAAA